AUGCCUGUCUCCCUUGCGACUUUGCUGGAGACGUGUCAAGAACAUUUCCGCAAGCGUGAAUACACGUCGGCACUUGACGCGUUAGCCACAGCCUUGUGCCGCCCAGAAUCCGAGAGGGGGCCAGCCCGCUUACAGAUUCUAGAUUAUCGUAUCGCUGUUUAUCUCGCUCAAGAGAACAAGGAUUCCGCGUUGAAAGAUGCCAAGGCGAUGAUUCGGACAGAUCGUACAGAUGGACGAGGCUAUCUCCGUUGUGGGCAGAUUGAGAAGUUGAAUGGCAACUUUGUCACCGCCAAAACCUGGUAUGAACAGGGCCUGAAGCGGGUGGCUAACGACAGUCGAAAGUAUGCUUCACUUCAGAAGCAACUUGAAAAAAUUGAAAAGGAAAUCGCCCUCCAGGUCUCUCGAGAGAAAGCAACAGACCCGAUGACAACACUUCCUAUCGAAGUGGCCGAGAUCAUUCUCUCUUUCCUCUCUUACAACAGUCUCCAUCUCCUUUUACGUGUCUCAAAAUCAUGGAAUAGAUUUAUCCGCACGGUUCGACCAUUAUCUGACACGCUCAACUACCAAGACACCAGCAAACUAGUCACAACCACUGCACUGCGUGCCACAUUGAAAAGACUCAAGUCACCGACGCAUGUUAUGGCCUACAACCUGUCAGCUCCGGCCGCUCAGUUUCUGUAUGAUCGGCUCCAGUAUACUGAAAAUUUCAAAUCUCUGGGCACACUGCAUCUCCGUAUGAUGCCAAACUUCAACUUGCCCUUCGAACGAUACCCUCUACGAAACAUAAAUCUUUCUCAUCCAAGCCACAUCACUCUUUCUUUGGUGUCGCGGAUUCUUAAAGGCUGUCCUGAAUUAACGUCGGCGGCAUUUAGCAGUAUCAGGUCUAAUUCCCAGACGAGUCCUGCUGCGUGGAGUUUUACUUGCCCCAAACUGGAGAGUCUCAUCCUGGCUGGAGUCGUGAACCAGGGUCUACACGUUCCCUCGAGUUUUGUUGUCAGCUUGGUCUCCCUCAAGAGGUUGACAUUGUCAAAGGUUCGCCUUGAACCGGAUCAGGAACACCACCAGGGUCAGAUAGACCUUCGUCUCCUGGAAUCUUUGCAAAUCCUACAGCUAAUUGGGCCAAACGUGGCCUCAAAGUUGAUACUCCCCCCCUCAAUUCAGACAUUGAGUCUAGUCACGAGAGCGCUGUUCCCGGAGCCUGUGAUAAGUGCCGAUAUUUGCACCCCUCUCAAAAACUUGCACUAUCUCGACAUUUCUGAUUCGACAUGGCCGCCAUUCCUGCAGAAAGAUCAUAUGUCAGCAAAUCGUGCAAGUCUGAGCGAUCUAUCGCUUUAUUUACAUCCGUACGGAGAUCGCAAAUUUGUGGAACUUACGCUCGCGGGCUGUUUCCAGAACGUUCAGCGUUUAUCUUUGGCAUGUCAGGCGGUUGAGGACAUUGACAGCGGCAUGUUCAUUGAAGGGUUUCCGGAACUGAGAACCUUGAAACUCCACAGUGCCAUGAUAACGGGGGUCUUUGUCGUGGAUCUGCUGAAGGCACAGACAUGCAAAAUCCGGGAAAUCACUCUCUCCGGGUGUGACAAGGUUUCGAGCGACAUUGUUGAAUGGGCGGCACACCGUGGGGUUUCUGUGAGCAUAACGAAGGCCACAGAGCUUGGGUCCACGCGUCUACGAGAACAGUAGUGUUGUGUUAGGUUGGGGCUUUGAUGCGUGUGCCUGAUAGCCUUGCACAUGGCCUGUUUCUCGGUUGGAGCUGUGGGCGGAAUUCAGCAUCACGCCAGCCACGGACACCGUUUCACCACUGACGAGCUGCGUAUCUCCAGGACUGGACGCUGAAAUCGACAUGAAAUGCCCCCCAUGCUCCAACACAGUUUGCAUUACCUU